AUGGGAGAGGGAGGAGGAGUACCCUCUCUCCUCUUCCUCUCCACUGUCCUCUCUCCUUUGGCCUCUCUCCUCUUCCUCUACACUACCCUCUCCUCUUCCUCUCCACUGUCCUCUCUCCUCUUCCUCUCCACUACCCUCUCCUCUUCCUCUCCACGGCUCUCUCUUCUCUUCCUCUCUCCUCUUCCUCUCCACUACCCUCUCCUCUUCCUCUCCACUGUCCUCUCUCCUCUUCCUCUCCACGGCUCUCUCUUCUCUUCCUCUCUCCUCUUCCUCUCCACUGGCCUCACUCCUAUUCCUCUCCACUAUCCUCUCUCCUCUUCCUCAAACACUAUCCUCUCUCCUCUUCCUCUCCACUGUCCUCUCUCCUCUUCCUCUCCUCUGUCCUCUCUCCUCUUCCUCUCCACUGCCUUCUCUCCUCCUCCUCUCCACUACCCUCUCUACUCUUCCUCUCCACUGCUCUCUCUCCUCUUCCUCUCCACUGCCCUGUCUCCUCUUCCUCUCCACUGCCCUCUCUCCUCUUCCUCUCCUUUGGCCUCUCUCCUCUUCCUCUCCACUACCCUCUUUCCUCUUCCUCUCCACUGGCCUCUCUCCUCUUCCUCUCCUUUGGCCUCUCUCCUCUUCCUCUCCACUACCCUCUUUCCUCUUCCUCUCCACUGGCCUCUCUCCUCAGUCGGGGACAAACCGUGCAUGUAA